CGCACGAUGCAGGAGACGAUGCAGAAUGAAUAAUGUAGAUGGGCACCGGGAUCUAAAGCGACUAUAAUCUCAGUCACAGGCGCUGGAAAUAAACCGACAUCGCUUUCUUUCUAUUUAAGCCCGAGAUCAAGCAUGGAAACGGGUCUGGUGGCGAAUCACCAAGUGAAAAAUGUUGGAAGCGGAGAUCCCCCUCCUUCGCCUCAUCAUCGCACACCUCCACAGCAACAGUCGCAAGCACUCCAUCAGCAGCCACAGCACCAGCCGCGAGCCGUUCACCACCACAACAACAACAUCAUCAUCAACAACACCACCACCACGACACCCGUGCGCGGAGAUCCCGCGAAUCGACAGCAUGGAGGCAAGGAAAACGCUUUGGAGGAGCCAAAGCACGCGCGUUUGCUGAAUACAAGCGACGAGGAGGCUCGGUCGUCCACAUUCGGGGGGGAUCGGAUGGGCAGCAAGUACGAGCGCUCCAACUUCGGACCGACGACUAACAACAAUAACAACAACAGCAGCAGCAGGAGCGGCGUUAACGCGUCACAAAGCGGGAACAGCUCGGUUUCUGAGUUUAAUCAUUAUUACGGGAAUGGAAGAGGAGGGCCUUGCUUUGAUCAACAUGGCGGACAACAAAGCCCUGGGACGGCUUUAAUGCAUUCGGCGCAGGGCAACAUGGAUCAAGUGCAAAACUCCCACGAAGGGUACCACAACAACCCGUACAACCACUAUCCCAACUACCGGCCGGGGUACGGUGGGGCUGGAUACGGUAUGAUGAGCCCGUCACGCCAGGGGAACAUGAUGGGCCCAGGUACCAACUCGCCUACCGCUGCUGCUAGUCAUGGCAAGACUGCCGUGGCCUCUACCGCCCCGGCUCCCGGUUCCAAUGUCGGCGGCUUUCAGAGGUAUCAAGCACAGAAUCAACAGCACCCGUCCGGAGCUACACCCACCCUUAACCAGCUUCUGACGUCCCCGAGUCCGAUGAUGCGGGGAUAUGGCAGCGGUUAUCAAGAUUACCCGCAGCAGCAGCAACAGCAGAGCGCUAUGGAUCUAGGGAAAGACAUGGGCUCACCGUAUAGCCCCGCUGCCGGUCACAGCUGGGGAACACAGCAAAGGAGCCACCCGGCCAUGAGCCCUGGAAAUAACGGCAACGGCAGAGCUCAGGUGGCACCUAUGGAUCCGAUGGCCAUGAAGCGUUCUCAGAUGUAUGGAAUGGGCAACAGUGCCUAUUCUCAGCCAGGCGGAGCUUAUCCGGGACAGCCGUACGGAUCACCCACCUCUCAUCGAUACCCAAUGGGAAUGCAGGGGCGUGGCCAGGUCGGCAUGGGAGGGAUGCAGUAUCCUCAGCAACAGCAGAUGCCGUCGCAGUACGGACCACAGGGAAUGGCUGGAUACUGCCAGCAGGGGCAGCCGCCGUACUUCAGCCCUCCACAGCAGCAGACUGCAACCCCAUCUCAACCCCCAUACAUGCAGCAGCGGGGGCUGGCACAACAGGAUGCGCUGCAGGAGGGGUACGGCAGCAGGGGUCAACCAGGAAAACCUAACCACGAUGACAUGGGUCUUACUCAACAGGACCGUCCAUCCAGCUUACCGGAUCUCUCUGGCUCUAUAGAUGACCUACCCACAGGAACAGAGGCGGGUCUCAGCUCGGCCGUCAGCGCUUCGGGUUCCACCAGUAGCCAGGGCGAGCAGAGUAACCCCGCCCAGUCACCAUUUUCACCCCACGCCUCUCCCAGAGUUCCCAGUAUGCGCAGUGGGCCGUCGCCUUCACCGGUCGGCUCACCUGUCGGUUCUAAUCAAUCCCGUUCUGGGCCCAUAUCACCUGCCAGCGGGCCAGGUACACAGAUGGCCCCUCAGACCCCAGGCAAUGUUCCAGAUGUGGGCUCCCAUUCGGCCCACAGUCAGUCGCCCAUGUCUCAGGACAGAGGAUUUGCUCCUAACAUGCAGCGCAAUGCACCUGGUCCACAGUUUGGAGCCCAGCAGCCAGGACCCUCCAUGUCCCCACACUCCUGUCCUACUGGCCCUAUGCACCACAGUGUGAGCUCAUAUCAAAUGGGCUCCUCUUAUGGUCCCCAGGGCAGCCAGUAUGGCCCUUCAGGUAAUUACCCACGGCCUCCUAAUUAUGGUGGGACACCCGGUGCCAACUACAGUGGCCCCGGCCCAGGUAUGGGCAACAGUCUUGGCAUGAAUGCCAGCAGUCCGAUGCACGGGCAGGGUCCUGGGCAGCCAUGCGGUUCCAUGACCACGGCUCGAGGACCAGGACACUCAGCUGGAGGUCGACCGUACCCGGCAGGCUCCAGCAAUGUGGCUCCAACCUCUCCUAACAUGCCUCAAUCUGCUGGCCCAGGGAUGGGUCCACCUCCACCCAACGUCAGCCGUAAACCGCACGAGAGCGGCCCUCCGCCUCCCCAGCAGAACCCAGCACCCUCGGGCCAGGCCAGGCCUUCAUUUGCCAGGUCCCCCGUGUACCCCGGCCUGUGCGGGCCAGGGGUGCGACCGGCCUCCUUCCCCACCCCUCACCCUCACUACGGCUCUGGGCAGGGGCAGGCACAUACUGAGCUGUAUGGGCCAGGCGGGUAUCAGGGUGGUUCCCAUAUGCUUGGAAUGGGCCCUGGAGGUCCCUACAACCAUCCACCGAGCAACAGCUCAUCCAGGAUGACACCUCAAGGACCUUCAUACAACACCAUGCCUACAGGACCCAUGACGGGCUCAGGAGAUGCCAUGAUGCUCACCGACCCCAAACAGAGAGCUGAACACAAGGAGGAGGGCAACACACCCAACACAGAGCCUCCAAAGCCAAAGGACAGUUAUGGUUCUCAGUGUGUGUCUCAGCCUCCCACCCCGUCCCCUCUGUCCCCAAGCCCAGCUAGUCUGUCCUCAUAUCAGGGGGAUGACAGUGAUAGCAUUAGUAGCCCUGCCUGGCCAAAGAACCCCAGCAGUCCUAAACUCAGCUUGGGAAACGUGACGAAUGAGAAGAUAACACGACUGUAUGACAUGGGUUGUGAACCUGAGAGGAAGACUUGGGUGGACCGCUACCUUUCCUUCAUGGACGAGAGGGGCACGCCUGUGCCCAAUCUGCCCUCGGUGAGCAAGAAGCCAUUGGAUCUGUGCCGACUGUACUUCUGUGUUAGAGAGAUCGGAGGCCUGGCAAUGGUAAACAAGAACAAAAAAUGGAAAGAGCUCUCCACCCUGUUGAACGUGGGGACAUCCAGCAAUUCGGCCAGUUCUCUGAAGAAGCAGUACAUCCAAUACCUGUUUGCUUAUGAAUGUAAGGUGGAGCGUGGAGAAGAGCCUCCGCCCGACGUCUUCAACACAGGAGAUGGCAAGAAGCAACAGGCCAAGAUCCAGCCGCCCUCACCUGCAAACUCAGGCUCUUUACAGGGCCCUCAAACUCCUCAGUCAACCGGCAGCAGCACUAUGACAGAGAUGCCAGGGGACUUGAAGCCUCCGACACCAGCAACCACACCGCACGGACAAGCCGCUCCUCAGCCGAGUGCCAGAAACAGUGGAGUGAGCGUACAAGACCCUUUCUCUGAAAGCAGUGAUCCAGCCUAUCAGAAGAGAAGCACCAUGCAUGGAGGCAGUGGAGAUGCCAGCACUAGAAUGCAGUUUGACCCCAGUAAGGAGCCUUAUGGAGCAGUCAGAAAAGGUGGUUCUGAGCCCUAUAUGCAAGGGCAGAUGCCAGGCAGUGGCAUGCAGGAUAUGUAUACACGUGGACCUCCGUCAGGAAUGGGUAUGGGCCCACGGCCCCAGUAUCCCUACAACCCUGGCUUCGAGAGAAGGCCAGACCAUGUCAUGGGUCCAGAGGGUGGGAUUAUUUCCUCUGGAAAUCAGAACAACAUGGUGCCUUCCAACAGUGAUCCCAGCAUGUUCUCAGGCAAUAGAUAUCCCUCUCAUCAGAGACAUGGGCAUGACGGUUAUGGGCAGCAGUACCCUCACAGCAUGCCAUACAGUGGACAUGGGAUGUAUCCCCAACAGCAGGGUUACAAGCGGCCUGGGGAAGGGAUGUACGGCCCUCCUGCUAAACGGCAUGAGAGCGAAGCCUACGGUAUGCAAUACGGUGGCCAGCAGCCUGACAUGUACGGCCAGUACGGUUACCCAGAUCGUAGGCCCAUGCAAGGCCCGUUCUCUUAUCCGUACGGACGUGAUCGCAUUCACCCCGGUGGACCGGGACUUCCCCAGCACAGCAUGAUGAGUGGUGGACCACCCCCAGCCUCCAAUUCCAGCGGUGGGCACCAGGGGAACAUGUGGCAUGCCAGAUCCGACAUGAGCUACCCUUACCCCGGCCGGCAAGGUCACGGGGCUCCCUACCACUCCAUGAGCCGUGCAGAUGAUCCGGAAGCCAGGAUCAACCAGGACGGUCAGUGGCCUGUUCAGCGUCAGUCCCCAUACCCGCCCCACUCUUCUUCCUCUUCCAGUUCCAUGCCUCCCAUGAACAGCCGGCAACCGCCAUCUCCCUACCAAUCUCCUCCUGCUAUGCCAAAUCACAUAUCUCGAGUACCGAGCCCCGCGCCGUUCCCUCGGCCUGUAAGCGGCUCUAUGUCACCCAAUAAAGCUCAUAUGAUGAAGCAGAUGCAGAAACCGGGUGGCCCGGGUACAGGGCCAGGCUCACAGAGUGGUCAAGGCUUUCCAACAAUCAAUCGAGAGGUCAAUUUCCCACUGGACUCUGUGGAGGCUACGCAACCCCAGAUUAAACCUCGGCGAAGGUUAACAUCUAAAGACAUUGGCACACCAGAGGCUUGGCGUGUGAUGAUGUCUUUGAAGUCUGGUUUGCUUGCGGAGAGCACAUGGGCCCUAGAUACUAUAAACAUCUUGCUUUAUGAUGAUAGCACAGUGUCUUCCUUUACCCUUUCCCAGUUGCCUGGUUUCUUGGAGCUCAUUGUUGAGUAUUUCAGAAGGUGUCUGAUAGAGAUCUUUGGGAUCCUUGAGGAAUAUGAAGUUGGCACCGAGGGUCAGAAAACUCUUCUUGGUUCCUGUUCAGAGCCCACCAAGAAAGAUCAACCUUCGAAUCAAGACCCAAAAAGUCAAUCUGAACAACCGGACAAGCAGUUGGACUCGGAGCCUGAGAAACCUCAGACCAGUGGUUUAGCAUCAGCAGACAUAAAAGAGAAGAAGGAGGAGACCGCAGAGGGAAAGGAUGAUGAAGAAGAAAAGAUUGUUAAUAAAGACCCCGGAUCUCCUUCGGAGCCGAGACCUAAACAAGCCAGUAAGCAUGACAAGCUUCCGAUUAAGAUAGAGGAGAGGGAGGCUGUGGAUGAUCUUGUGGAGGAUCGCACAGAGCUGCUAGGCCUAGUUGGGGAGUUUACCAGUGGCCUGCUGCACUGGAAGGCUGGCGGAGGGGACUCCACUGCCCACAUCCAGACUUAUUUGGAGAGACGUAGGGAUGAGGAAGAAAGCAAGCCUUUGGAAAUUCAAGAGAUUAUCGAGGCACAAGCAAAUGUAAACACAGUUGAAGAGGAGCCCAGUAGGGAUGAGGAAUUAAAAAGUGAAGUUCCUGGACCCUCAGAGCGAACUGUGACUGCCACUGUCGAUGACAUACUAAGUUCUGCUCCAGGGUCUCUGUCAGAAGGUGAAACCGAAACGUUCCCUUUCCGCUACGGAGAGAAACCGAGUGGCAUCACCUUGCUGGAAGAUGAGCCCCGAUGCUGGGAUGAAGCACCUCUCUCUGUAGCAGAGGGCUGGCAGGAUGAGCUGGCCAAGCGGUGCAUUUGCGUAUCCAAUACCAUUCGUGGACUUUCCUUUGUUCCGGGCAACGACAACGAAAUGGCUCGGCAUCCAGGUUUGGUUCUCAUUCUUGGUAAGCUGGUGCUCUUGCACCACGAGCACCCGAAACGAAAAAGGAUGCCGCCCACUUACCAGCGCGAGGAAGAGCGAGGUCUGGCUUGCAGUAAGGACGAGUGGUGGUGGGAUUGCCUCGGUGCCUUGAGAGAGAAUACCUUGGUCACCCUAGCCAACAUUUCAGGCCAGCUCGACCUGUCUAUUUACCCAGAAAGUAUCUGCCUUCCGAUCCUGAACGGGUUGCUCCACUGGAUGGUGUGCCCUUCCGCAGAGGCCCAGGACCCCUUCUGCACGGCGAACGGCUUUUCCUCCCUCACGCCGCAGAGGUUGGUGCUGGAGUGCCUGUGCAAACUGAGCAUCCAAGACUCCAACGUAGACCUUCUACUGGCCACACCUCCUUUCACAAGACAGGAGCGCCUUUUCGCCUCGUUGGUGCGGCACGUGGGCGAUCGAAAGAGUCAGGUUUGCCGCGAAAUGGCCGUAGCUGUCCUCUCCAAUCUGGCGCAGGGCGACCCCACUGCCGCCCGGGCCGUCGCCCUUCAGAAGGGCAGCGUGGGAGCCUUGAUAAGUUUCCUGGAGGACAGCGUUGCCGUGGCACAGUAUCAGCAGAGCUCUCACACUCUCUUGCACAUGGGACACCCCACGCACUCUGAGCCACCCAGCAUCAACAUGAUGUGUCGGGCCGCCAAAGCCCUGCUGGCCAUGGCCCAGGUGGAGGAGAACAGGCCCGAGUUUGUGCUCUACGAGAGCCGGCUGCUCGAUAUCUCGCUGUCCUCCGUGCUGAACUCUGCCGUGGCGGCCAUCUUGUGUGAGGUACUGUUUAAGCUCGGCCGUUCGUGACACGCACACCGGAGCGGGGGCCUGUAGCACCAUCGUGAAAACGGGCGGUCGAGCCGAGCCACAGAGAUCACACGGAACUGUCGGUGUUAUAUUUUUAUUUAAGGAAACGAACAGAAACAAAAAUGUUUUUACAUACAAAUAAAUAAAUAUAUAGAGAAUAUAUAUAGCUCCUCUGCCCCGUUUCCCGGUUUUCAUUUUGGAUUUUUAAAUGAUUUUAAUACAAAUAUUUAAUACUUGGUCUUUUCAUUUUUUUUCUAUUCUUUUUUAUUUCCGUUUCGUCUUGUGUAUUUUCUUUUGUUUGUUUUAACCAAAGUUGGCAUAGUUUUACGAGAAUGCUUUCGCUCUCAAGAAUGUUUUCGUUUCGAUGCAGUGUUUUGUUUUAUGUUUAGUUUUAUUUUUUUGUGGGACUUUGUUUGUUCGGGGAAUGCAGAUUUAUUUAAAUUGUGAGAUGUUGUAGAUAGAACUUCUCUUGCAAUGUGUUGCGAUAAAAGAAAUAACAAACAAAAAAACACACUGAUUUUAAAACAUACAUGUAUACAGCUCUGAUAAAAGCAUUGUGCAAUAGUUUUAGCUGGCUCAGAGGGGAGACGACGAAAUGUGAAUCACCACAGGCCAUGUUCGGAUCAGACUAUCAGUGUUGCACUGUUUCACCGCACCAGUAUCUGAGAGUCAAGCGAGUGUUGGUUUUAAACCGACUUGCUUCCAUAUUAGUGCCGCCGUACUGUACUGACGGUGAACUCAAAGUGCUUCGGUUAUCCUCUUCUCUAUUCUAUACCCGUGGGUCGAUUUGUAUAUAGGAACUGUACAUUAAAUGGGCCCCUUUUCACUUAUUUUUUUCUUCAGGAGAUGUGGUAUUAUACAAAGUGAGUAGUUAAUGCUACAUGCUAUUGACAUUUUGCUAAAUAAUAUAAAAAGGGUCAUUUUUUCAGAUGAGUGUGCUCUUCUUAAGCGUAAGGGACUUUUACCACAGGAUGCAUUCUUGCGUGAAUUUUUAUUUGUAUACAUGCCAGAUGUCUUUGCAGUUUUUAAAACGGUGUUUUUAUUGCACAAUACUAAUGUCUGAUUUAAUUUAAUGCCAAUCAGAUGUAUCUUGGCGGCGAGGGAUAAGCAUUUGCAUAUUGUGUAUAUUAGCAACGGUAUAUUGCACCAAUAAAUCCCUUUUGUGCUUCGGUGUUUUUCGAUGCAAGAACGCAUCCCGUGCGAACGUCCCGUACGACUUUCCUGUGCGUUGGACAGAAAUAGCGAUGGCUCCCUCUAAAGGCCUUUUGCGAACUGAACAUCCGAUGGCGUAAAUGUAAUUCAAUGUGAAAAUGAAAGUUACCCCAAAAUGACUGAUUUUAACAAAAAAUAUGUACAACUCUUUAUGUAAGCUCUUUUUGCUCCAUAUGAUUUGAUGACCAUUGUUUAUUCAGUAUAAAGUCUUUAUACAUGUUCCACAUGUUAAAAGUAAAUGUACAUGAAAUUU